AUGUCAAAAAAAGAAAGUAUUUUUAAUUCAAAUGAAGAGAAUAUCCAACUUAUUAAUAAAAAUGAUGAUAAAUUUGAACCAAAAUUUGGAAUUUUUAAAUUAUUAGAUUAUGAUUUGAAUUUAGAAGAAAGAAAAAUGAAAUUUAAAGAAUAUGAUCGUAUCAUAUGUGAAGAUUGUAAUCAAGAAAUUGAAAAAUCCAAUUUUAUAUGUUAUAAUUGUUAUAAUAAGGAAACCGAUUGUAAUGAACAAAAUCGUAUGAAUUAUGGUAUAUGUAAAUUUUGUUUUAAAUCAAAUGCUUCUUUUGGUUGUUGUAAAAUUAAAAUUUUUAAAUCAUCAGAUUAUGAUUUAAAUUUAGAAGAAAGAAAAUUAAAAUAUAAAGAUUGUGAUAUUAUUUUAUGUGAAAAAUGUAAUAGAGAAAUUGAUAAAUUAAAUUAUUAUUGUUAUGAUUGUACAAAUUUUAAUUUUGGAAUUUUUAAAAUAUCGGAUUAUAAUUUAAAUUUAAAAGAAAGAAAAUUAAAAUAUGAAGAUUGUGAUGGUAUUUUAUGUGAAAAAUGUAGUCAAAAAAUUGAUAAACAGGAUUUUUAUUGUAUAUUUUGUUAUGUUAAAGAAACUGAUUGUAAUAAAAAAGGUCAAAUGAAAUAUGGAUCAAAUUUUGGAAUUUUUAAUACAUUAGAUUAUAAUUUAAAUUUAGAAGAAAGAAAAGUUAAAUAUAAAGAUUAUGAUGGAAUUUUAUGUGAAGAAUGUAAUCAAGAAAUUAAUAAACAAUAUCUUUAUUGUUUUCAUUGUUAUUCUAAAGAAACUGAUAGUAAUAAAAAAGGUAAUAUGACAUAUGGUACAUCAAAAGUUGGAAUUUUUCAAAUAUCAGAUUAUGAUUUAAAUUUGGAAGAAAGGAAAGAAAAAUAUAAUGAUUAUGAUAAUAUUUUAUGUGAAGGAUGUAAUCAAGAAAUUGACAAGCAAUACUAUUAUUGUAAUUACUGUUAUAAUGAUAUAGAAGGAAAUGGUGAAUGUAAAGUAUGUUCUAUAGGAAAUAAUGAUGAUUGUUGUUCAAUUUAUGAAUUUCAACAAUAUCUUGAAAAUUUUAAUAAAUGGAUUAGUGAAAAUAAAAUUAUUGAUAUUAAAAGACCAAUAGUUGAAAUUUCAGAUUAUGAUUUAGAUGAAGAUGAUAGACAAGAAAAAUAUAAGAAUUGUGAUUAUAUUUUAUGUGAAAACUGUGGUAAAAAGCAUCAUUAUAAUUAUUGUUAUUAUUGUUAUGAUGAAGAGAUGAAAGAACUGGAAAAAUUGAUAUCUAGAUCACAACCUAAAUUACGAGAUUAUGAAGUUUUUUAUUCUAAAGUAUAUAAUAAAAAGACAAAAGAAUUAAAAGAAUUAAAAGAAUUACAAUCUAUUUUAAAAGAUUAUGAAAAUAUUUAUUUUAAAUUAGAAGGUAAUUUAGGAAUAUUUAAACAAAUUAUGCAACAAUUUGAGAACACAAAAUAUGAUAUAGAUAAUAAGAAAAUUCAUAUAAAUAAUAUAAGAUAUUAUAGAGUAAAUAAUUGUGAUCGCAAACUUCGUUCUUAUUGUGAUUGUUAUGAUAACGAGAUUAAUCUUAAUGAAAAAAAGCGUAUGGAAUUUGGAAAAUGUAAAGAUUGCUCUAGAAUAAAUGAAGAUUUGAAUGAUUGUUUAUCCUGUAAACCUGAACGAUUCCAAAGGGAUUUUAAUAAGUGGACUAGCGGAAAUAAGAUUAUUGAUAAAUUAAUACAAGAUAAUCAACGUAUAGCAGUUGAAAAAUAUGAUUUAUUAUUAGAGUGGAUCCCUUUUAAUAAAUUUACAAAUAUUAAAUAUAUAGCCGAAGGAGGUUUUGCAAAGGUAUAUUCGGCCACAUGGAUCGAUGGACAAAUUAAAAAGUGGAGUCAAUUAAAUAAUAAUUGGAGAAGAAAUGGACCAUUAACAAUAGCUUUAAAAAUUUUAAAUGAUUCAGAAAAUGUAAGCGAUGAUUUUCUAAAUGAGUUGAACUUUUUUAAUAAAGUUAGUGGUUGUAUGUGUAUAAUAAAAUGUUUUGGAAUUACUCAAGAUCCUAUUACUCAUAAUUAUGCAUUAGUAUUGCAAUAUAUGGAAAAUGGUAAUUUACGUUCAUAUCUUGGACAAACUGCUAAUUCAAAAACGUGGGAACAAAGAUUGAAUAAAAUGUAUGAUAUCUGUCUUGCACUUAAUGACAUUCAUAAAUAUGGAUUUAUUGGUUCCACAUUUGCAUAUAUUGGAGAUUUUGGACUUUGCAUGCCAGCAAACGAAUGUUUAUCAAAUUCAACUGAAAAGAAUAUUUAUGGAGUAAUUCCAUAUAUUGCACCUGAAAUAUUACGUAGAAAACCACAUACACUGGCAUCUGAUAUAUAUUCAUUAGGUAUUAUUAUUAAUGAAAUAAUUACAGGAAUUCCACCUUUUAAUAAGCAACCACAUGACCAUUUACUUGUAUUGGAUGUUUGUCGAGGUUUACGUCCAAAUAUUAGAGCCGAAACUCCAAAUUCUUUAAGAGAAUUAAUUGAAAAAUGUUGGGAUGCAAAUCCAGAAAACCGGCCAACUUCUAAAGAAAUUUUUUAUACAUUAUCAAACAAUCUUAAUGAAUAUAAAAAUAUGUUACUUAAUUUCAAUGAAACAAUAACAAUGCAAUCUUAUGAAACACAUCCUCAAGCUAUUUAUACAAGUCGACUUCUCAUUUCUCAAAAUUUGAAUUCAAAUUUACCAGAACCUAUAAAUUGUCCAAAUCAACAAGAAUUUGUAUCUUCAGAAAAAUUGAAUACUUUAAAUUCUGAAUGUUUAGAAUGUGAAAUUAUCAUUUGA